GAUUUUUUGGCAAUUUUCUGGGAGAUCACAAAUCAAAACAAUUUUCUCCACUCAAAAAUCAUAUGAUUUCGACAUCAGCGCUUCAAGUGGCUGGGAUUUUAACUACAAACUGUCAGACCACGUGUUUUUGUUUACAUUUUUUCUGUAUUUUGACUCGCGUUUUGCUCUCCAAAAGCAAAAUUUCUAAGGAAAAUGGUGAAAACCAAGUGGACAGAAUUAGAAAAACCCCUCAAUAGUGCUAUUUUAGACACAAUAAAUGGCUUUGGAUUCGAGAAAAUGACUCCUGUUCAGGCUGCCACAAUUCCCCUUUUGAUGUCCUGCAAGGAUGUAGCUGCGGAAGCUGUGACGGGAUCUGGGAAAACCUUGGCAUUUAUAGUUCCUCUAUUGGAAAUCUUACUAAAGCACCAAAGAGAAUCUCCAUGGAAGAAGACAGAAAUUGGUGCUAUUGUUAUUUCGCCCACGAGAGAGCUCGCUACGCAGACUUCUAUCGUCCUAAAAUCUUUCCUCGAACACCCAGAUCUCUCGAUAUUCACCCAGAAACUCCUCGUGGGAGGAAAUAGUGUCGAGGAGGAUAUAAAUAGCUUGAGAAAUCGUGGUGCUCUAGUACUUAUUUGCACUCCAGGUCGCCUUGAGGAUUUGCUAGAGAGGAAAGGACAGCUGAAUCUUGCAGCACGUGUGAAGAGUUUAGAAAUUCUGAUACUGGAUGAAGCAGAUCGUCUACUGGAUCUUGGAUUUACCGCCACAAUCAACACAAUUCUCAGCUAUUUGCCACGACAGAGGCGAACCGGUUUGUUCUCAGCCACGCAGACGAAGGAAGUGAUGGAUUUGAUGAGGGCUGGCCUGAGAAAUCCCGUUGUGGUUAGUGUUAGAGAAAAAGCAUCCACCAGUACUCCCAUUCUCCUGCAGAAUUACUACAUUAUCGUCCAAGCUGAAGAAAAAUUGCGAUAUCUCCUGGCAUUUAUGAAGCAGAAGAAAGUCCAGAAAUCCAUGCUGUUCCUGCCAACAUGUGCUUGUGUGGAAUAUUGGUCACAGGUUCUCCCUCGCCUUCUCAAAUCCACCAACAUCCUCGCCCUCCAUGGCAAAAUGAAGAAGCAACGUGGGAAGAUUCUCACAAAAUUCCGUGAUGCUGCCAAUGCCAUCCUCUUGUGCACAGACGUCCUGGCCAGAGGAGUAGACAUUCCGGAAGUGGAUUGGGUCAUUCAGUGGGAUCCACCAUCGAAUGCUGCAUCAUUUGUGCAUCGUGUUGGUCGUACAGCUCGUCAAGGCAACGCAGGAAAUGCCCUGAUAAUGCUCCUUCCCACUGAAGAUGCCUACAUUGAAUUCCUCAAGAGAAAUCAAAAAGUAUCCCUAGAACCUCUAACGAUAGCCCCAAAAACCGAUCUCUCAGCCAUAAAUAAGCUCCUCCAUCAGAUGCAGUUGCAGGAUCGAGCGCUCUUCGACACUGGAAAUCGAGCAUUUGUCUCCCACAUUCGAGCAUACAGCAAACAUGAAUGUAAUUUCCUUCUGCGGCUGCAGGAUGUUCCCUUGGGGAAAGUAGCGACGAGCUAUGGGCUCCUGAAACUACCCAAGAUGCCUGAGAUCAAAGACAUUCACCAAGAGGAAUUCUGUGGACCAGAAACCAACAUUGAUUUCACUGCAAUCGCCUACAAAAACACCCAAAAAGAACAGACACGACAGGAGAAGCUGACAGUGUACCAGGAAACUGGCAUCUGGCCAGGAAAAAAAAUCAAGCGAAAGAAACAAACAGAAGCCUGGGAAUUAUCCAAACAGAAGAAGCUCGAAAGGAAAGCAAAGCGCAAGGAACGCAAAGCAAAGUUGCAGCUGAAGAAGCAGGCUGAAAGUGAAAAAGGAAAAGUGCCCAAAAAGAGAAAGAAGGGUCUAUCUGAUGAAGAUCUAGCAGAAUUGGCAAAUGACAUUGCUCUAUUGAAGCGAUUUAAAAAGAAAAAAAUCACAGAAGAGGAAUUUGACGAAGAAAUUGGAUUUAAUUCAGACUAAAAUUAGUCCUAGAAAAGUCAUCAAAUACCUUUUUUGUUUCCUUUGUUUUUUGUUUUUCCUUUAAGAAAUGGCCUUGACAAAGUCCUUCAGGGAAUCCUUCUCUCUGGCAUUCAAAUAUUCCGGAUUGAUAAAGUCCUUCUGACACUUGAUACUGUAAAUAACAAUGAAAUUGUAACAUCAAUAAAUUUAACAGAAAAAAUAAA